CGCCCCGACCAGCGACGUUGCGGGUGCUGGUCCCGGCUGUGCCGGCCCCGAUGGCGGCGGUGCCGCCGCCGGUCUACGUAUACAGCCCGGAGUAUGUGGCCCUCUGCGACUCCCUCUGCAAAGUGCCCAAGCGGGCCAGCAUGGUGCAUUCGCUGAUUGAAGCGUAUUGCUUACUUGACCAGAUGAAGAUAGUCAAGCCAAAAGUGGCCUCCAUGGAGGAAAUGGCGAGUUUCCACACAGAUGCUUAUCUGCAGCACCUGCAGAAGGUCAGUGAGGAGGGGGAUGAUGACCACCCGGAGUCUGUGGAGUAUGGACUGGGUUACGACUGUCCAGCCACUGAAGGGAUCUUUGAGUAUGCAGCAGCUGUGGGAGGAGCCACCAUCACUGCAGCCCAGUGCCUGCUGGACGGCAAGUGCAAGGUAGCAAUUAACUGGCCUGGAGGGUGGCAUCAUGCAAAGAAGGAUGAAGCUUCUGGCUUCUGUUACCUGAAUGACGCUGUCUUGGGGAUCCUGCGGCUGCGCCAGAAGUUUGACCGUGUCCUUUACAUUGAUUUGGAUUUGCAUCAUGGGGAUGGAGUUGAGGAUGCCUUUAGUUUCACCUCGAAAGUCAUGACUGUUUCUCUGCACAAAUUUUCACCAGGAUUUUUCCCAGGUACUGGUGAUGUGACAGAUGUUGGCCUGGGAAAAGGUCGCUAUUACAGCGUGAAUGUGCCCAUUCAAGAUGGAAUUCGGGAUGAAAAAUAUUACCAGAUCUGUGAAUCAGUUCUGGAGGAGGUGUAUGCUGCCUUCAACCCCGAUGCAGUUGUGCUGCAGCUGGGGGCAGACACCAUUGCUGGAGACCCCAUGUGCUCUUUCAACAUGACACCUGAGGGAGUGGGCAAGUGCCUCAAGUAUGUCCUGCAGUGGCAGCUGGCAACUCUUGUCCUGGGAGGAGGAGGUUACAACCUUGCCAACACAGCCCGGUGCUGGACAUACUUGACUGGGGUCAUCCUUGGGAGAACACUGUCCUCUGAGAUCCCUGAUCAUGAGUUCUUCACAGAGUAUGGUCCUGAUUAUGUGCUGGAGAUCACACCAAGCUGCAGACCAGACCGCAAUGAGACACAGAGAAUUAAAGAAAUUCUGGACUCUAUCAAAGGGAAUCUGAAGCACGUUGUUUAGCAGAAAAUGAAGGCUCAGGCAAGAAGAUUUCCUGUGGAGAAGACAGCAUAUUUGUCACCUCCCGCUCCCCACUGCAGAGCCAUUUGUGAGCUCCUGAAAUUCUGCACAGAGGGGCCAGAACCUGGAGAGCCUCUCAAGAAUGUCGAGGUAGAUGCAGGGCAUUGUAACAGCUCCUGUCCUGGGAGAUCUUGGAUGAACUUCCAGAUGCUCUGGUGCCCCAUGAGAGCUGCCACGAGAUGUCUCACCAAGGGUACAGGUGUACAGGUAUCUGGGGUAGAUCUUUCCCAGUGCCAGGGGCCAUGGAGCUUGACCUCUGCUGCCCUUGUCCCCUCAUUCUCCUGGCCCAUGGACUUUUUAUUGUGCUGGGUUUUUUAAAGAUCUCCAGUCACUGUGGGAAAGCAUAUUUCCUGUGGCUUUAAUUAGAUUAAGCUGGAAGAAACAGCAAGACAAAGGGGCUCCGAGCCUGGCCGUGGCUCUGUGUUUUGCUCUGUUGUUUUUCACUGCAGAUUGAAAUAACAGGAAAUCUGUGGAGAUAGGCGAGCAGGAUGUGGCUUCUGUGACUCCUGAGCCGUUGCCUACUUCUGUGUAUCCCUGACACCAGGUGUGGUGUGGUGUGGUGUGGUGUGGUGUGGUGUGGUG